AUGGCAAGCAGCGUACCAGAGGGCGAUGCACCGACGGAGGAGGACUACAUGCAGAAGGCCGUGCAGUUGUAUACCGGAUCCAAGUAUCUCUUGGCGAUGAAAGCCUAUGAACGCGCCCUCUCUACCUCGCAAAAAGAGUUGCUUGUUGCCCCGCCCUACACACCGUUGGAGUCUUGUGAUCCGGUGCCACAAGAUGUCUUGUUCAGAUAUUUUAUACUGUACUGCAACAUGUUCGGUGCCAAUGCGGCCUCUGCAAAUGAUAAGCAGGCGGAGGAUUUUUUGCUUUACUCCCUAAGGAAGUUGGAAGAAAGAGGUUAUGUACGGGGGGGUCUUUUAACCGCACGCAUAGAGGAUGUAGCGAAGUGCAGCAUGGGAUCCGGCAGCAACAGCAGUAUUAUUGAAGAUGAGGGUAUGUCGUUUCUUGUGGCUGUAACCCUGAAUAACUGGGGUUGUCUACUUAUCCGACGGGGAGACCUCGAUAGGGCCUUUUACUUUCUACAGUUGGCGUUGAACUCGGCAUUAACUGAGCAGUUAGCUCGUAUAGCGCUUCUUAACAUGUGUGUCGUGCACAUAAGCAAAUGUUCCUUCCAAGAGGCCCGUCUAACGGCUAUAGAAGUCUGCAAACAAGAGGAUAACGCCGAAGAUAACGGCAUUACGUUGUGUAGUGGGGACGGUGUGAACAAAGAUUUGGAUGAUCUCCUUAUUGCGUGCGCAUAUUUCAACUUGGGCAUAGCUGGUGAGUACAGCUCAUUGCCGGAGGCAGAAAAGUAUUAUACGGAUGCGGAGUGCACAAUUGUUGGGAAUCCAUACCAACAAUGGUCCAAGAUUAUUGAAGAUUCCCAUAAAAGGUUCCAGGAAAUCGUGCAGCAGCGACGAAAUGAAGCUAUCGCCCGGCAAGCGGCGGCAGCGCUCGAUCUGGAUGCCAUUUUGGGGUUGGAUUUCCCGAUGCGCCAGAGGGUGUCGGGUGUGAGUCGGAAGAGAGCCUCUCAUAGGGCUUCCAGGAGUCUAAACAUGAGGGGAAAGGCUAAAAGUGGGGCGUCCUCAGCAACAGGUGACGACAAAAGCGAUUUGUUUGAACCUCCUCCCAUCAAUGACGAGGUGCGAUGGGCAAUACUUAACAAAGGUUUAGAGAAUUUAAUCGUCCCACUCAUGGGGCCAAGGGAGGCCCAAGAGCGCGUUUUUGGAAAGGAUGAAACAUAUGAAUCGCCUUUUUCGUUUGUUACAUUUGACUCCCUGAGGGGUGUUGCAAUGCUGUCAUUGCUGAAGGAGACACCCCUGCAGAUUGCCGAUGAGGCUGAGAGGGGGUGCCUCACGUUUGCCAAAAGGUCUGUAUGGUCACCGUUUGCUCCACGCCACAAUCAGGGAUUUAUCAUUCCACAGGGCAAAGGGAAGCCCAAUCUUGUUCCGUCCCCAGUGAUGGCCGGUAUCGUGAAGACCAUCGUUCCAUUGCCACCUAUGUCAGAGAAGACCAUUAAUGAUGCGCUACGGAAUGUUGCCGGCCUCAAGAAGGUGUUGAACAGCCGACUUUCGGCUCUUGUACAGGCCGAAAACGCGUUCGAGGAGCGAUGGAGGGCAACUCAUAUGAUAAAGGAGGCGCUUAUUGCCUUCAAUUUCGUACAGGAUUUUGUCAAGCUGAAGGAGGCUAUGAAAACCAAGCGGUUGGUGCAGCAGACAUUGGAAAAAUUGUGUGCGAAGCGAAUCAUCCGCUUCCUUCGUAUGGUUGUUGCAGCUAAGAAGUGUAGCGAGGUUUCAGCACUCCCGUUGAUGCGAGCGAGGCACUUCGAGGGGGCCGCGGUUAUUACGUUGCAGAAAAAUGCGCGGAUUUGGUUAGCGAAGAGGGAGUUACAGAGGCGGAGGGCUGAGAAACAGGCUUAUAUACAACGGAUAGCGAGGAUGCAAGGUAUGUACCGGGCACGCGUUGCGCGUGCCAGCUUCCUCCAGUACCGUGAGGAAAGGCGGAAUGAGUUGUUGGAGCGAGCGGAGCAUGAAAGACGUGAAUUUGCUGCCCGACAAAUUCAAGUUGCGUAUCGCCGGCAUGCCUUUUUAUUGGCCAAGUGGCGUGAUACAGGACAAUUCAAGCGGUACGUGCUUCAUCAUUAUAGGUAUUCCAGAGAGCACAGUGCCACUGUAAUUCAGAAGACUUUUCGAGGGUUUUUAGUCCGCCGAGUUCACGGUAGAGAGGUGCACGUGAGGCGCUGCUACGGUCGAAAUUGUUAUCGUGCUGCGGCGCUUAGGGAGCUCGCGACAAGAAUUCAAGCGGCUUUUCGUGGUUACUUGGUGCGCAAACGCAUGAAAAGAGCUGUAAAACACCACCGAGUGAAGCUUCUAGCCGAGGAAGUAGGACGUUUGGAGUCCCACAGGCACAGUGCUGCGGUGGUCAUACAAUGUGCUUACCGCGUGUACGCUGCGAGGAGAAGGGCCGUAGAGCUGCGAGCACUAAGGGAUAAGGAGCGCUUGCUUCGCCGCAACAGGGUGUACCCUGAAUUUAGGUUGGAGGAACAAGUGUAUUGA